AUGUCGGUUGACAGUGUGUUUAGGACCCGCUCUCUUGGUGUGGCCGCCGAGGGUCUUCCUGAUCAGUAUGCCGACGGCAAAGCGGCGAAAGUCUGGGAGCUGUACAUCGGAGACACGCAGAGUAGGACGCAGGAGUACAAAAGCUGGGUGGUGGCUUUGCUGAAACAGCAAGGGGUGCGGAGUAUCCUGGAUGUUGCUUGCGGAACAGGGUAAUGUUGUUGGUUGUGACAUAUGCUUCGGCAGGCGUGGCAGUGGACGUCUCACUGCCUCUAACAAAGUGACAGAGCACUAAACUUUAUUCAUGAAAUAGUACGAUAAAAACAAAGAUGUCUGAUUAUAAAAAUUCAAAUUGGAAAAUCCAGCACCAUAUCAGAGAUCAUAGAUCAAUAUGCAAUCUGUCCACAUGUAUAGAGUUGGUUAUUCAUGUGUACUUUUUACGUCCUGGGUUUGGUGGAGCAACACAACGUGCUAAUCCUGUCCUUGAAUAAACAGGUUUUAAUACAGUUAUAAAUAAUGUUAGAAACCAGUCAACAUUUUUAAACCUGGGUAAAACACGGAUUAGGAUGGAGUGGAUUGAAUGACAGUGCAGAGGUGCACCAUCAAUGCCAGUCCCUGCCUCCUGAAAGCUUUAGCCUAUGUUGAAUUUAGAUAGGUUGCCAGUCACCUAUUUGAAAUAAUUUGCAUUAAAAAUAUAUUUCUUGAAGGUGUGCUAAAGUGUUUAGGCUGGAUCAGGUGAGGGGGGUUGAUGAGCUUGUUCUGGGUUGCUGCAGGCAGUUUUGGCUGGUUCCCUUUGGUGUGCUCACCUCUGCUGAUAGUUUAUCUUUGUGUAGAGACAACAAGGACACUGGAUGUAAUCUAUGUAUUUGUGCUUCAAAAGUAAAUAUUGAGUAGGUGUUAGGGAGCACUAGUGGUAGAGGUGAAGAGGCUGUAAACGCGUGGACUCUGACCCCCUUCUAUAGAAUGUCUCAGUGACAAGUUGAGUGAGGUUACAAAUAGCCCUACUAUUUUUGGCUUUCUAAACGUGCAAGUGAUUCCACAGUAGCUCUGAAACGUUCACCAGAAGAGUAGACGCUCUAUACCAAGCUUAUUAUCAAGGAAUUAACAUUUAUUGGGGGUGAAAUUAUUUUUGUUUUACCUGCCUAUAUUUUCCUUGAGUAAUGCGUUUUUUAUGUACUUGCAAAAAAAUCUAAGGACAUAAAAACUUUCCUUUGUAAGCUACAGUUUCUGUGUCUUAGUUGAAUUGGGUGCUCAUACAGCGAACAUACUGUAAUACUUUGUAAAUAGGUUUCUAUGUCAUUGUUAAUAAUCUUGCAUGACUCAAGUUUGAAUCAGUGUGCUACUCUUUCACUUAAUUUUCCAACAAAUUUCAUUGCUGUGCUCCUCACAGAGUUGCAUAACUCCUUUACUGAGCAUUAGCUUAUAUUAUAUUAUUUGCAUAAGAAAUAAGCAUUGUCCAAACAAAAAUCAACAUUCAGGACUGCGGUCUGACUUUGGUUACUUUGGCCUGUAGGACAGUCCAAAAGUUGGAGCUACUAACUACCAUGUGUCAUUCACCUGCAAACACUUACUCCUCAUAGUGUAUAUUGCAAUCUACUUUGGGGGUGAGGAGAGGUAAUAACAAGGUUGGUAUAAUGCACAGGUAUAGGAGCUCAUUCAUGUUUAACCCUGCUCCUGACCCGUUUUUGUUUUCAAAUGGUUUAAAGAACCACAUAAAUUAGUUUAUUUGCAUCAAGACUUUUUGACUUUGUCAGGAAUCUCUAUUUCAACAAAAUAGAAAUAAAAAAAAUGAAUUCACUAAAUUAUAAAAUGCUCUUAAUAAAAUUAUGGCACUUGUCGUGUUAGGGUCGCUGUUGACCUGGUUGGAUUAAUAUCUAAUAGUUAGAGCAAAAACUAAAAUCAAAUGUGCACUGUCAGGCACCACAAUAACAGUCAGAUUCUCUUCCAAUUAUGUGAGAUUUAGGAAAUUCUCAUUUUGCCAUGUAUUUCCCUGCACAAAAAACAACAUCGGGCAUGUCCAGACAUGUGAGAUCAAUUCAGUAUAGAUGUCUGUAUGAGGGGUAUACUGACAAAGAAAGGCCCAUUAAAAAUAUUAUAAGCAAUAUUUUCAUGGAUAAUAAAGCCUAACAAGGUAACCUCGAGAUGAGAACCAAAUUGGAUGAUAUAUAAUUGUUUUUAGUGUAAAUUGCUGCUGAUUUAAGACAUGGUCAAAACCGAACCUUAACAUAGUGGGUGUGUAGUAAAAGCUAACACAGGAGGAAGACUAAAUAACCACCCCCUAUCCCUUGAAACACAGACAAGAAAGAGAGAGCUAUGACUUUGCAUAGUAGUUGUAGGUAAUGAUAGUUAGAUGUGUGGAAUCUAGAUAUGCUAGAUUUACCUGAAAAGUUUUCUUAGGUAAUCAUUUACAUUUAUAUUUUCAAAGAGAGGUCCGCACUCUCCGCUUUUUACAGCUUUGUUUUUUUCCUGUUCUGAAUUUCAUUGUCCCACACUUGAUUUAUUGCCUGUUUUCUCUGGAAUCAACAUCUAUACUGUCUUUAUCUUUUAUUAUUCAUGUCAAUUAGUGAGCAGCUUUUACUAUGGGACCAUCACCAUCCAGUGGUUGUACAGCAUUACAAGUCGCUGCUGGUUAUAACAUUUGAAAAACUCAGAUAAGAUAAAUGGCACUUUUAUCUUUUUUAGAACUUUUUAAAAAAAUUAUCUGAUGAAUAUUCAAAUACUCUGAAAUCACAACCCAUCGCAGGGUUAAAAAAAAAACCUCAGUUGUCCUGUCUGCAGACAUGCCUUCUCUUACACAGAAUUUCCCUGACACACUCUUAAUGGAAGCUUAUAAGAUCUUUUCAGAUUCAGUUCAGAUGACAGUGUAAGGUCAAUUAGAUAAACGUGACUUAACUAAAAGUUGUAUUGCAAUUUAUUGUGAUAGAAAAUAGUGUAAUCAAGUAAGUUUUUUUUUUUCUUGUUUAGAGUUGACUCCAUUAUGUUGGUAGAGGAGGGUUUUAAUAUGGUGAGCGUGGAUGCCAGUGACAAAAUGCUGAAGUAUGCACUGAAGUCAAGAUGGGAGAGAAGAAAAGAACCAGCUUUUGAUCAGUGGGGUAUGGUAUUUUUCAUGGAAAAAUUGAAUUAUUUCUAAAUGUUAAGAAAAUGGCAUAUUAAGUUUAUUUUUGAAACCGGACAUGAAGUCGAAUUUGGUAGUGUUGAUCAGCCAUGUUUUUCUGUUAUGUUGUUUGUCACCUCUCAAAGUGAUUGAAGAAGCCAACUGGUUGACAUUACCGGAAGAUAUCCAGAAACCAGGCGAUGGCUAUGAUGCUGUUAUCUGCCUUGGAAACUCCUUUGCCCAUUUACCCGACUUCAAAGGUAUUGGAAAGAGAAAAAGAUACAGCUGGCUUAAUCUGAGCUGCUGCUUAACCACUCAAACCGUGCCAAGCGUACCUUCAAUCAGUGCUCUCUAUAUAUUCAAGAUUAGAGCUUUUUUUAUGGUCAAUUUUUUGAAUAUUUUCCCCUUUUUAAGUACUAUCUGGAAUGGAUGUUAAUUUUGAGAUGAAUUGAUCCUAUGAUUUGUUCUGUAUUACUUUUAGGGGACCAGAGUGACCAAAAAUUGGCUCUGCAGAACAUUGCUAGUAUGGUCAAACCCGGUGGAAUCCUUAUCAUUGACCACCGCAACUAUGAUUACAUCCUGGAGACCGGCCGAGCACCUCAAGGCAAAAAUAUCUACUAUAAGGUAACAGUAGGGCAUCUCAAUAUAAGUAGACAUAUGUAAUUAAAUGGUGCAAACCAGCAUGUUGAUUUGUAUUUUGCAUUCAGUCUAACCUCAGUCCUUGCUGCUAUUUUGCAAUGCUUUGGUAUGUGAACAAGUAUUAGUACAAUGACUGGGCAAACUGCAUUGUGAGAGCAGUUCAGUAGCAUAGCAGCAGUAGCUUUAAUCUCUUACAUGAGUCAGACAGAGAAUAGAUCAAAGGUUAAAAAUAUGAAGAUUUUAGUGAAUAUGAUAAUAUGAAUAAACAUUGAUAUCUGAGAAAAUACAAGGCAUUUACCUUAUACAUUAAAGUUUGUGAUGUUGGUUUCAAAUGAUAAGCUGCUGUCUCAGCAUAAAAUCACAUCUGGAUCAAAGGGUUUUAUAUUUCUCUGGGAACAUUGAUGAAAGUGCAUGUGCUCUGGGUUUAUUACUUGGAUGCUGAACUUCAAGCUUGGUCAAACACUACAAAACAGGAUUGGUUUUGUUUGUUGUGUUUAGGGGAGCAAAGAGAAAUCACAGAACCUGUGAAAGCUAGGUAGUUUCCAUUGUGGCCCCUUAUUUAGGGAAUCUUGUGACUGUUUAAGUUAUUUUCAACAUGUGGAAUUGACUUUCUUGUAUAUAGGAGAAACAGACAGAAAGAACGUCAAGGCAUUUUUAAAAUUGCACUUUUGUAUGGGGUUAAACUGAUUUCUAUUGGUGGUUUUAAAAAUCUUGACCAUGGUUGUUUCUGUAAGGGUACUACGAACAUUGUGCCAAAACAGUCAAAUUGUGGAAAGCCAGAGAUCUACUAAUGCAGUGUUGCCAAAAAUGCGUUAAUUUUAGUUUUUUUCCCUCCUAAUGAAAGCUGCUUUGAAAAGUACUUAUGUAUGAACAUAAACAGAUGACAAGAAAAAAAUGCUCUUGGAAGAAUGAAUUCUUCAGUCGCUUUCUUAGUUCCUAACUUCUUAAUUAACCAUAGUGAUUCUAAUUCUAAUCAAACAUUAAUUCUCUCUCUGUCUGUAUUGCAGAAAAGAGUUAAGUUGUGAUUCGUAUUUAUCUGUGUCAAGUCACCAACAUAUUUAAUAAAUGUGUGUUCCUUUGUGUGUUUCAGAGUGAUCUUACUCAGGAUAUCUCCACCUCAGUGCUGUGGGUCAACAGUAAGCCACAUAUGAUCACCCUUGACUACACCAUUCAUGUGCCAAAAGCCACUCUCCACAAUCUUCCUGAAGUCAGGUAGGCCUGCAGUGUUGAAGUAAAAUACCACAACUUUUUACUAUGUCCUUUUGUAACAAUGGAGGCUUGUAGUCAAGUAAUAAAUAUAAACCCUUUUGAAAUUACUGGUGCAGGGUAAUUAACUGUAAAUCCUCAACUAAAAACUGGUAUUCAAUCAGGCCAAGUUAAGACACAAGCUUUACGAGUUAAUAAAAACCGACUUUCAAUUAUUAGCUGGGGCAGUUUUAAAUUUCUGAUAUAAAAUGUGAAAAUAUGGAGAAGAAUUUACCUGUGAUCACAAUGAUCAGACACCACCAUUCGUAUUCUGAACAUUUAUAACAGCAUACAUUUACAUUUACUGUACAUUUAUAUCACAUUCAACUCUUGUUGGGAAAGAAAAUUUUUCCUCUGUAUGAGCCAGAAAUAAUAAAUCAAUACACGUGUCUGUUAGCAUGAUAUCAACACUGCUAUAUUUACAAGUGUGUUGUUUCGUGCGACUGACGAAGCGUACACUUCUUGCUGUGUAACCCGGAUGGAUUAUACUUUUAUUUAACUUCAACACAUAGGUUCCUUACUCUGCUCGGUCUGGUAACUCUGGCGGUGUCACACACAAACACGUCCGUGCGCAACUCUAAAACAGAACUAAAACAAUGGUUCCUAUUAACAAUUCCCAUUGAUACAAUACAAUACAAUUGGAUUCAGCUGGGGCCAUGAAAACGCGGACUGAACGUGGAUCUCUUUACUUAAAGUUCAUGUAUACAGAUUGAAUCAGAUUCACUUAAUCAGAUUGAUUUCAAUCAGAUUGAGGAAAACUACCCAUGUAAACGGGGCCAUUGUCUCCCCCUGAGUUUGUGGGAAGAUCUACCUCUUUGGUCUUUUAAGUUGUGGCAGUUUUCAUCAAAGCACCUCGUACUUUGUAUAAAGAAUAUUUGUUUGUGGUUUAGAUCUGGCUGUAGAGACUGGGCCUUUGGUGUCCCCAGAGUUUUGAGUAUUUCCUUCAAACCCUCCUGGCGGUCUGGAUUUUUUCAUAAAAGAUGUUAUUUCAGAUUUUUUCUGAGAAUUUGAUUCAGCUCAGCGGCUCAGCAGCAGUGGUUUUCUUUCUCACUCAUCUGUCGGUGUUCGGGAAGUCUGGACAUCCAUACCCUUACACCCACCUUCAACUCUAAAAGUCUGUUUUGCCUUUGUUUUUUUGACCGGACAUGUAAUGCACAGUAGGAUGUGCCUUUUGUUAAGUGUUUGAAAGAAUACUUAUGAGUGCCUACUGUGUUUUUUUUGGUCCACAGUAAAUUCCGUCUGUCUUAUUAUCCACAUCGCCUGGAAAGCUUCAAAAAUUUGCUGAAAGAGGCCUUCAACAGCAAAUUGGAGCACAGCGUGUAUGGAGACUUCCAAACAUACAUCCCUGGCCAGUCCGAGGCCCCAUGCUACUUCAUCCAUGUCUGUAAGAAGACAGCCUGA